CCGCCGCCGCCCGCGGCGGAGCAGGGCGGGGUCCCCGACGACAAGGGCAGAGACCCGGACAAGGGCUUCGGCGGCUGGCUGAAGAGCAAGAAGAACGAAAUCAAGGCGCACACGAAGGAGAUACGCGAGAACGCGCACCUCAUCGACAUCGCCAGGGGCAUCCCCAGCCAGCCCGCCCACAGGGGGCCCCGCACGGGCGAGGAGCGCCUGGAGUUCACGUUCAUGCAGCGUGCGCUGGGCCUCGAGCUGGACCUGCGCGAGGGGGUCGUGCGCGCCAUCAAGCCAGGAGGUCAGGCUGAGUCGCUGCUUGUGCAGGUCAUGGACCGGCUGGUAGCGAUCGACGGGGACCCGUUGCCUGAGGUGGAGGACGGAGACCAGUUCAUCUUGAGGAACAUAAGGACAACAUAAACAUACACGUGUGGAUAUCCGCGCGGAUUGCUUGGACCUGUGCUGGGCCCCCCUGGCGGCGGCUCCGUCGCUGCCCCUGGCGCGCUCAGCGCGCCAGGGAGGGGGUGCCGAGCGCUCCA